GUUUUAAAGCCAUUCUUCUUCUCUCCUCUUCAUCUCGAUCUCAGAUCUCGCCCUAAGAAGGAAGAGGAGAAGAGAAAUCUAACUAACAGUGAAAAUGGGUCGCGGGGUGAGCGCUGGUGGAGGGCAUAGCUCCUUGGGCUACUUGUUCGGAGAUGGAGAGACUAAUACCAAGAAUCCUCAAGCUGCACAGAAGGUGGGGCAGGGAUCAAAUAAUAAUGCGACUAAUACCAAGAAUCCUCAAGCUGCACAGAAGGUGGGGCAGGGAUCAAAUAAUAAUGCGCCUCCCCAGAAAUCUGCUGCUUCUCUGCAGCCAGUAGAUAACAGUAAGCAGAUUCCAGCCGGCAUUAAUAGAACUAGUUGCAAUAAUUAUCAGCGAGCAGAUGGCCAAAACUGCGGCAAUUUCAUCACGGAUCGGCCUUCGACCAAAGUGCAUGCAGCCCCUGGCGGGGGUUCUUCCCUGGGUUACCUCUUUGGCGGCGGUGGUGCUGCUGGGAACUGAACUGGACACACUGAUGUUUGCUGGUAAUUGCGCGCCCAAUGCACAACGGUUUAGUAAUGAAUUCUCCCCCCCCCCCCCCCUUCCUCUCCUAUCCUAUAUGUUUUUAACUU